AUGGUUGAUUUGAUUGGAGAGUCAUUGUAUAACCAAAUAGGGAAUGUUUCAGUUGAGGAAAUGGACGAAUUGUUAGUUGAUAGCGAUGGCAAUGAUGUUGAAGACCUGUUAUUGAAUAGUACAAGAAGUAUCGGUCAGGUUAAUUUCGUAGGUUUGAGCGUUGAUGCUGCUAAGAAGUAUGUAUUUUCAGACCUUAAUGUUGCCUAUGCCUUUUACAAUGCAUUUGGGAGGGUCAAUGGAUUUUCAAUUAGGAAGUUCAAGGUUGGGCGAAGUGAGAUUGAUAAGCACAUACUCUGGCAAACAUUUGUGUGUUCGAGACAAGAAUAUCAUAUUUUCAGAGGGGUUGAUGAAACAAAUAGGAAGAGAGCUCCAAAGCCAGAGACUAGGUGUGGGUGUGUAGCACAAAUGCGAGUUCACAUAGAUGUUGGCAGGGACUGGUAG